UUCCAUUGCACUGAUGCACAAACAGAUAAAAUGAAGAAUACGUAUAUGCAUUAGCAAGAGGUGCAUUUUAUGAAAAGUGGAUGUUUAUUCAAUAUCUCUUAGAACAAAUUCACUUCUCCGUAGUACGAAAACAUUAAUUAGUUACUCUUGAGUGUUACUUUUGCUGUUACAGAAUUGUUUAUGAACGCAGGAAGUCACGUGAAAAAAUAGUAGUUGAGAAACUUCCACUCAUUCGAACGUAUUUCUUGAUAAACGAUUUUUGUCACACACAUCUUUACGAGAUUUGAGCCUUCACUCACUGAGUGUCUUAUCUGACAGCUUAAAUUGUAGUCUGACGGGUGAUAGGGCUAAUCCUCUUUAACUGAUAUAUUCCAGGCGGUCCGGGUUUCUGCUGUACUAUUUCAGUAACUGCGGAAAUAUAUUUUGACACUUAUCGCGACUGGAAAGAUUUCUCAGGGCGCGACCUUUGAUUUCAGUUCUUAGCAAAUCGUCCGCGGCACGAUGGAAAUGUGUCAAUGAAGAAUGUUCUUAAAGAGCAUUUCAAUGAUAUGGCAACUCUGCCAUAGAUUGAAGUGACCUCUCGGUUAGCAUUGCGUAUCAGUCCGUUCUUUCUUUAGCAUGGAUAGAAAUCACACAGUCUUCUCCAGACGUCAUCAUGAUGAAAAUCGGUUUCCUCGGAGCCGGGAAAAUGGCACAGGCCUUGGCAAAAGGUUUUAUUGCUGCAGGUUUAACAAAAGGAGAAUAUAUCGUAGCAAGUUGUGCACCAAAAGAUGUAGACUGUAUUAAGGCCUUUGAGGAAAUUGGAGCAUCUGCAAUACCAAAUAAUACAGUUCCUGUUCAAAAGUCGGAUGUUAUUUUCCUGGCUGUGAAACCUACUGUUGUUCCAGAUGUAUUGAAAGAUAUAUCAGCAUGUAUAACAACUCAUCACUUACUUUUAUCAAUUGCCAUGGGUGUAAAUAUUGAGGAUAUAGAAAAGAACUUACCACCAUUAUCAAGAGUGGUGAGAAUAAUGCCAAACACCCCAGCAAUGGUAAGAAGUGCAGCUUCAGUAUUUUCUUGUGGAUCCAACACUCUACCAGAAGAUAUAUUAACAACACAGAAACUUCUUGAAGCUGUGGGAUCGUGCCAUGAAGUUUCCGAAUCAAUUUUAGAUCCUAUUACUGCUCUCAGUGGUUCUGGGCCAGCUUAUCUUUAUGUUAUAAUUGAGGCAAUAGCAGAUGGUGGAGUGAAAAUGGGUUUACCCAGAGAUCUGGCCUAUCAGUUAGCAGCUCAAACAGUAUUAGGUGCUGGGAAAAUGGUACUGGAAACCAAAUUGCAUCCAGGACAAUUAAAGGAUGACGUCACAUCUCCUGCAGGUUCUACUGCAGCAGGUCUACACUACCUAGAGAAAUGUAAGAUACGUUCAGCACUCAUUGGUGCGAUAGAAGUUGCAACAAAACGAUGUCAGGAAAUGAACAAUAUGUCAUAGCAUUUAAGUUAUUUAUUUGGCCUUAUAGUAUAAAUGUAAGAUAUGUAUUGUAGACAAAAAUAGUUUGUAUAUUUUUUAACGUUCUUUGAUUUUAAAAACAUGCAAUAACUAAAGAUAAUUAAAUUGUAUAAAAUUUCAAA